ACUCGUUCGGGGUCUUACGAGUGCGUGCAAAGUCGCACAACACUCGUACUGCCUGUCGUGCAAUUAUUUUUCAUCGCGUCAGUCGCUCAAAAUAUCGGAGCAGCACGGUUUUUUUUCCCGACCGAGAUGCGACCAUUUUGUCGCAUCUGGAUCGUACAAUAAGUGGUACAACGGCUACAACGAGUCGUACAACGGGAAAAUUUUCGAGUCGCAAGCCGUUGUAGUCUGUUUGGCAACAAUUGUGAAAGGGGCUUUACCUAUAAAAAUACCGGUACCGUACCGUACGCACCGUACGUACCUACUUCACCAACUGUCUUCUUGAUUGACCAAGCAUGCAACGCAUGCUGACAAAAAUAAAACGCAUCAUUAUAAAGAGUUUUACACUUUUCAACAAUCUUCGAUGCUGCGCAUCACCUACAGACAUUUGGAAUAAUUAGUGGUCCAUUUGAUUGGGUUCUCUUUCUGAAAUGAAUGAGGGAGAUUGCAAUAUUGUGUUGGAGGUGUUGACGAGAGCCACCAGUCAGGAUGCAAGUAUACUGAAGCCAGCUGAACAACAGCUGAAACAAUGGGAAACACAACCAGGUUUUCACUCGAUUCUGCAGACAAUAAUUCAGAAUCACAAUAUUGGAGUUAAUGUUAGAUGGAUGGCAGUGCUUUUCUUCAAGAAUGGAAUCGACAGAUACUGGAGAAGGACUGCUACAAAUGCCAUCUCAGACACAGAAAAAGAGGGCAUACGAGCCAAGCUGAUUGCUCGCUUCGAUGAACCUGUUGCUCCUAUAGCUACUCAGCUGUCAGUCCUCAUCGGCAAGAUAGCACGCUUGGACUGUCCUAAGCUUUGGCCCGAGCUUGUCCCUACGCUCCUUGAUGCUAUCAAGCAACCCGAUCUCCUGUAUCAACAGAGAGCACUGUUGACAUUACAACAUGUAAAUAAGACUCUAGCAUCCAGGAGGCUUGCGACAGAUAGAAAGCUCUUUCAAGAGUUGACAACCAACAUCUUUGGUUUUGUGCUAAACCUGUGGAAUACCUACCAUGAGAAAUUCCUCCAAGCAGCUAAUGCAGAGGAUCCUACUGCCAUGGCCACAGCACUCGAACUCAGUGUACUUGCACUUAAAGUUCUAAGGAAGCAGUUGGUGUUUGGCACAACAGAACCGGGCAAGUCACAGGAAGCGAUGAUGCUGAUUCAGUUAAUUUUCCAGAGGAUACGUUCCUUCUUAGAAAUGAGAGUACGGCUUCCAGCUAAUCACACACUCCGGGAGAAAUUGGAGAAAAUGGCAAUUUUGCACACAAAAAUUCUAAUUGACUGUCAGGAGAGCUUUCCUCUGGCCUACAUUGAUUUCAUCAGUAGCUCCUUGGAACUAUGCACCUCUUGCGUGUUCUCUGAUGAGAACAGACAUCUCUUGUUUGAACGCUUCCAGGUACAGUGUAUGAACCUCAUCAAAGCGAUCGUCCGGUGCGAGAAGUACAAGGAACGGACCGGUCCGGAUGAGGAACCGGAUCCUGUGACCGUCAAGGCUGAAGGGGCAACGAAGGGAUUCUUCACGGAGAGUAUUGUCACAGAGAUAUGCCAAAGACUGAUUAUGCAGUACUUUCCUUUAGGACAAGAGGAUCUAGAGCUUUGGGAGUCGGACCCUGAAGGCUUUGUAGCAGAUGAGAGUGGCGAAUCAUGGAAAUUCAGCUUAAGGCCUUGCACAGAGACUUUAUUCAUCACCCUUUUCCAUGCCAAUAAGCCAGUGUUCAUCCCAGUUCUCAUUCAGAUGGUACAGAAAGUUCAGGAUGCCUGUGAUACAGAAGACAUGCAGGUGCUCCUACAAAAGGAAGCUGUGUACAAUGCAAUAGGUCAGGCAGCCUUUGAGCUUUUUGAUGAUGUUGACUUUGAUCAGUGGUUCACCUCCCAUCUACUAAAAGAGCUUCAAAACAAGCAUCCAAGGUACAAGGUGAUCAGAAGAAGAGUAAUCUGGUUAGUUGGUCAGUGGAUAGGGGUAAAGCUAUCCCCCUCUCUUCACCCUACCCUUUAUGAAGCAGUCUUACCCCUCCUCUCACAGGAUGAAGAUCUGGUGGUCAGGAUAUCCGCUGCUCAAGCUCUCAAGACUGCUGUAGAUGAUUUUGAAUUCAAGACAGAAACCUUCCUGCCGUAUCUAGAUUCCAGUUUUUCUCUGCUCUUUCAACUUCUACAAGAUGUAUCAGAAUGUGAUACAAAGAUGAGCAUUCUUCAUGUGAUGUCUUUCAUCAUUGAAAGGGUGGGGCCAGAGAUUCGCCCCUUCUCAAAUAAUCUUGCCCAGUACUUACCCCUCUUGUGGGAGGACUCCGCAGAGCAUAACAUGCUUCGAUGCGUCAUCCUCUCAACUCUCAUUCAUCUUGUUCAGGGUUUAGGACCACACAGUACCACCCUUUAUCCAUUCCUCCUCCCUGUCAUCAAAUUCAGUACUGACACCUCAAAGCCUCCUCAUGUAUAUCUGAUGGAAGAUGGAGUGGACUUGUGGUAUGAUACAUUACAGAAUGCUCCCUCUAUGACACCAGAACUCCUUCAACUCUUCUCUAACAUGCCUGAAGUACUGGAAAUGGCCACAGAGAAUCUGAAGACAUGUUUGCAAAUCAUCAGUUCAUAUGUUGUACUCGGAAAGGAACAGUUCAUGCAGAGCCAUGGCCAAACUGUAGCAUCAUGUACGACCGGUAUAGUGUCAGAACUCAGAACAGAGGGCAUUGCUGCAGUACUCAAGACAAUUGAGACAGUCUUCAAGGUGUUCCCAAUGGAAGGACCUCGACUCUUUGAGUCUUACCUACCAACAGUGUUUGAAGAGAUCUUGAAUAAAGAUACCUACCCGAUGGUGAUGACCAUGCACGUGUCUCUACUCUCUCGGAUCAUCAUUAAGAAUCAAGACUAUUUCUUCUCCAUUCUUGAUGGCAUUGCCAAGAGCUGGAACACCACGCCCGAUGAGUUAUUGACCAACCUCAUACAGACCUGGGUUGACCGCAUGGACCAACUGGCCAUAGCAGAGCGUAGGAAACUGACCGGUUUAGCGUUUGCGGCGUUGAUGACCAGUUCAUCACGGGCUGUCUUUGAAAGGUUACCAGACACGAUGUACAUCAUCGUUGAAGUACUUCAUGAUGUUUGCAGAGAAGAGGGUGAUCAACAGAUAGACUUCCUUGUCAUGAGUGAAGACCAUAGUGAUGAAGUUCAAGAUGAGUAUGACACCCUGCAUGACAAGAGAAUGAGAGAGCUGUCUAGGCAAGACCCUGUCCACAACACGUCGUUCCCAGAAUACGUCAAGUUUCAGAUGUCACAGUGUGAGAGACUGCAUGGCCCUACUGUCUUCCAGCAAAUCAUGGACUCGAUUGAUGAAGAAGUCGUGCAACAGCUCAAAGGCUUCAUUUCAUUAUCUUUUCUAUAAUGGGAGAGACCUGUCAUCAGCAUUGCUAGGUACGCAAGAAACAUAGGGACACUUUGCCAGACUGUCUUCCAGCAAAUCAUGAUGAGGAAGCUCUGCAACAAUGUCAAAGGCUUCCUUCCAUGUUCUCUCUCUGUGAGUACAUUGAAGAUGCUUAUUGCUAGGGAAAUACGAACAGUGUCACAGAACCUUACCAGGAAGUCAUUGAUGAGGAAGUUCUGCAACAGUGUCGAAGGCUUUAUUCCAUUAUCACUCUCUGUGAGUACAUUGAAGAUGCUUAUUGCUAGGGAAAUACGAACAGUGUCCCAGAACCUUACCAGGAAGACAUUGAUGAGGAAGUUCUGCAACAGUCUCAAAGGCUUUAUUCCAUUAUCUCUCUAUGCGAGCACAUUAAAGAUUUCCCUUGCCACUACUUUUGCAAGGGACAUAUGAAAUAGUGUCACAGAACCUUAUUGGUAAAUCAUUGACUUGAUUGAUGAGGAAGUUCUGCAAAAGUGUCAAAGGCUUUAUUCCAUGAUCUGUCUCCAUGUGAGCACAUUGAAGAUGUCCCUGGCAAUUACUAUUGCAAGGGACAUAUGAAAAAGUGUAACAGAACCGUCCUAGGAAAUUGGGGACUUGAUUGAUGAGGAAGUUUUGCUACAGGUACAACUACAUCUUGUAAUCUGCUCAGUGAAAUCAAGCAAGGAACUGAUUAUCAUUACUUGGGAGAGUAAGAAACAAAUGAUCCUAUAGCCUCACACUGCCUAUCAGGAUAUCAUGGAAACUGCAAUGGCUGAAUCCUUCAUUUCAUGAUUUGUUCUAUGAUUCAUUAAAGGAUAAAAUGGAACUUGAUAAAGUACCCAUCACUACAAAUAUGAUUGGUGUAAGAGGUAACCAAAUACCAGAACCUAAUCUGCUUCAGAUGUAAUGUAAUUCUGAUAUAUGGAAUAAUUUUUAUUGUCUUACCAAGCGAUCUGAUAAGAUGUGUCUUUAAGGGAAAAUUGAUGUGGCAUGUAUUUAAAAAAACAUGCCAUAUUCCUUAUUUGUGACAAAAUCCCUGAAAAUUUGUCCAUUUAUACCUAUUUUUCAUAUGUUCUUAGCAAAAAGUCUCUCAUUUUGGUAUUUCAGAAAAGUCCUACCCUGUAGGGUAAUUAUUUCAAACAAGAGUUAUUUGUUUUUGUUUCCAAGGUCACCAUUAUAUCAGUCACAUAUGUAGCAUAUGUAACCUCACAUGAAAAAAGGGCAUUGACUUUUUUUAUACUUAGAUACUGCUUUAUUAUGAGAGCAAUCUGAACAGUUUUAAAUGAAUUUCCAUGAAAUUUGUGUGCUCAUUAUUACAUAAAAUUAGAAUUUCCAAAUUUCUAAGGAAUUUUGGUGGGAGAUUAAGUUUAUUGUCAAAGGAUGAAGGGAAUUAUUUUCAUAACAAAAAUUCAAGAAAUCGAUGUGAUUCAUUUUCUCUGAUCAAAGAUUAAUUGAUGGUCUUGUGUGUAAGAGCAAAUUUAAAAGAAUGACGCAAUAUACAUGCACAAUAUCACUUCAUAUGAACUUUCAUUUAGUGAGUAAAGAUAGGUUAAGAUUCACAGUAUUUCACAUCCAUGUGUAAUAUUCUGUGACAAAAGUAUUUUAUUAUCUUCAGUCUGGAGGCAUCUUGUCAAGUUUUUGAUUUGUUUAAAAUAACUUUAAAUAUAUAAACACUUUUAUGUUUGAAUCACUUUAAAAUACCUGAGAACAUUGUGACAUAAAUACUAGUCCUCUUUGUAUGUGCAGCUUUAUACAAUGAUAAGUUUCUAUAAUUUUUAAUUUUUCAAUUCGUUGUGAUUUUUUUUCAUCUGGAUCAAGAAACCCACAGGUUUCUCCUUCAAUUGAUUAAUACAAACCUUAAGGCUACUACAAUCCCUUGGUGAAGGAAGCAUUUAAUAUGUAAUAAUAUAUCUUUAACUCUUUUUGCGCUGGACCAUGAACCCCUCUGUGCUGGAUUAUUUUCAGGGAGAGAAACAAUGCAUUGUUUGUUGAGCGUGAAAUAUGAAGUUUGCUCGGCACCAAGUGUGCAUUGGUGCGAAGUACGCGUGGAAAGGGUUAAAGGACAAGUCCACCACAGCAAAAAGGUGAUUUAAAUGAAAAGAGAAAAAAAACAAAAUAAUGUUACGGCAAAAAUUUCUUCGAAAUUAAAUGUUAAAAAAGAAAGUUGUGAUGCUUAAAAAUUUUGCUUAAUGUCACAAAACAGUUAUAUGCACAUCUUGUAUGGUAUGCAAAUGAGAGAACUGGUGAUAUCACACUAUUUUCUUGUAUUUUGAUAUAUGAAAUAUAAUGGGUUUUUUUCUCAAUUUAAUGUGAAAUAGGUUCGAUUCCUCCUUGAAUAUUUUAGAUUGCAUAUUCUGCAACCUGUUGUGAUUCAGUGAAGAGCUUCCACAUUGUCAGAUCUGCAAAAAUUUACGCUGUAUUAAUAUUUCAUAUAAUAAAAUACAAGUGAAAUAGUGAGUGAGUGAUAUCAUCGACUCUCAUGUGCAUGUCACUGUGUUGUGCAUAUAUUAUAACUGUAUUGUGAAAUAAAAGUGAAGUUUUUAAAUGUUAUAACUUUCUAACUUUACAUCCCGAUAUAGUAAGUUUUCAGCAAUAUGCUGGUUUGAUUUUUCCUCUUUUUAUUUGAAUUUUCUUUUUGUUGGUAUGGACUGACCUUUAAUAACCAUCUGACAUACAUAUUUUGAAAUACAUAUUUUUAGAAAUAUCUUAAAGAUGGUCGUGAAUGUUUAAUGUAAAAAUAAAUAAAUUAUUUAUAUGGUCAUCUAAGCC